UGAGAUUGCGAAAGAGCAACGUUCGUUUUAAUUACAAGAUGCUCCGCCCUUCUCGAUAUCAGCAGCGAUAAUAUCGCGAUUAGAAGGAGAUCCCGAUCCAAAUCCCCCUGAGAAAGGGCGGGGCGGGGCGGGGCCGAGGCGUGCGGACGGCGAGGGCACGACGAACCCAGUCGCUGCUACACACUGUUCCAAAGAGCCGACAAUGCCCCUCUCUUGAGUCUCUGGAGUGGAAGUGGAAUUGCAGCGAGCACAACGGCAGCAGAUGUAGACGAGCUUGCUGCCGCCGCCGGACAAUCUUGUCAUAUUAGAGCAGAAGAUGCCGAGGUCGAGGCAGUUGGGCCAGAAAGAACAUUAGUUUCAGAAGGAUGACAAUCAAAUUCAAAAGGGGGAAGAGAGGUUUGUGAGAAGUCGUGAAUUAGGCGUCAAGGAGUGAACAUUGGUGGCAUGACGGCGAUGGCGAUGGCGUCAAGGAGAGGAGAUUUAAACCUAAACCUCACUCCACCUCCGGAGUACGGAGAACACGUGAAGGAGGGAUUGAAGUACGCCAUGCUUCAGCACGAGAUCCUCUUCAAGCAUCAGGUGCGGGAACUUCAUCGCCUCUAUUGGACUCAGAAAAGAUUGAUGAAUGAGGUUCGCUGGAGUCGAACCAAUUCAGUUCAUGAUGAGGUGCCUGUGGUGAGAUCUGCGGGCUAUGACAUCUACACAGUAGAUUUAGUUGAGUUUGUUAGCGAUUCUUCCGAUGAAAUUGUAAAUGCGUCGACAGAAGAAACUAGGUCUGGUACCUAUCAAUAUGCUUUUAGUACAAGGCAUGUCAAAGUCAACUUCAGUACUACAGAGGCUAAGGUCAAUAAGGCAUCAGAGUUAAAAGUGGUGGAAGAUGCAAAUAAGAAGAAGAAGACUCAUUCUCAAGCUACUGCUUCAUAUAUCCCAUCUUUGAAAAUUAGAAUGUUGAAUGAGUCUGGUUGUACGCCGUUGGAGAAGUUUUUACAUACAGAAAAUUUGACUAACAAAUGGAGAAACAUUAAAUUCAUCAACUCAGAUGUAGGAUUAGAAGAACAUGGAGGAUCUCAAUUUGUUAAUUCGUCAACUGAGAAGCAACGAUCAAAAUACAAACUUACUUUUAUAGACCUGAAUAUAGCCCAAGAUGAUGAGUUUGUUAAUGGUUUUCCAGAUUCUGUGGAAUCAUCAACUUCACCAUCCCCAAAAUCUACAAUUAUUCUCCCUGGAGCUGAUUUGAGUGUAUCAAAUGUUGAAUACUCGAAAGGAUUGACCAGCAUGGUGCAGCCCGGGUUUCUAUCACCUGAUUUGAGAAAUUCAAGUCAAAGGAAUGCCAGCUCAUUGCAUCAUGAUAUUAAAGUCUCUCGUCCUUGUUCAGCACAAACUUCUGUACAGACUAGUGAUGCCAUAUAUCAUAUGAAUUACCAAGGUGUAGAUGAUGAAUUUCUCAGAUCCAGCAUCAAGAGUCCUGAGGCAUGUUGCAAUGAUUUGGUUGAAAGUAUUUCUAAUGCCCACGGGAUCAUAACUCAGCACGCUGCAGAUGUACCAAUAAUUGAAGAGUUAUGUAAACCUGGAAAAGGAAGUACUUUUUCAUUAUUGGACCAGCCAAUUAUUUCUGAUAGCAGAAGUAUGGUUCCUAUUUCCUGCAGUUAUUUUGAAAAUGAUUGCUUACAUGCACCAGCUGAGAGUACCAAUUUGCCACCAAAUACAGGACGUUUGGAAGAGAAAAUGUUACAUAAAGAAGAAAGUGAAGAAGAUACCUUAUCAAGUCACGCCAAAGUUGCACAUGGAGAGCAACAAGAUGAACCCGAGUCCCGUGAUGUGACCGAGAACAAUCACUUUGAAUGCACCUCAGAGAAUGGAUGUGUAGCAAAGCAUGUAGUUGUCUCCAAUUCAGCAAAUUCUGCAAUUGAAUUAGAUUUGGUAGUUCCUGAAAAUAUUCCCAGCAAUGAAAUUCCACCUUUUGAAGAGUCUGAACCAUUCUUGGGCAUAGAGGAUAGAACAUGUCAUUUCUGUACAUCCCAACCUAAAGAGUAUUUAGAUCAAAGACUAACUCAAGUGCCACUGAUGGAUCAUAUUGUUGCCAAAGCAGCAAAGACUCUUGUAUCUAUUUCUUCAAAGAAACCAUUAUACACUGUGGACCGUCUAAUGAGUAACAGAAAGAUUGAAUCUGAGUCUGAACAAGGCAUGGAUCAACCACAGUCUUCUGAUUCUUUUGAGACAAUAACUUUGAAGCUAAAGGAAAUCAGAGAUGAUGGAAGCUCAGUCUGUGACAAACUAAUAGACAAAGAUAGUAGGAAGGAUGGAAGUGGGUAUAGGCUACGAAGGGGACUAAGGGAUUUUCAGAAGGAUAUAUUGCCAGGAAUUGUAUCUCUUUCAAGGCAUGAAAUAUGUGAAGAUCUUUAUGCCAUUAAGUAUGAACUGAAUCAGUCUAGCAGAAUUUCAGAGGGAAAUUGUUUAAUUCCUAUUAGAAGUAGACGUUCAAGGCCUUAUAACAUAGGUAGAGGGUGUUGAUGGUUUCAGAAAGUUAGAAGUGAAGAUACGAGUAGCAUAUAUAGUUGUUGCUACCCCCAUAUGCGCCAAGGUUUAUGAUUCAACAUUACACAGGAACAUCUUAUUAAUGACUAACGAGAUCAAGACCUGCUUUAGAGGGGAGCUAAUGAGAUCCUUGUAGAAGAAACUUGAGGUGGCUGGAAUUUGCUUUCUAAGUGUAGCCUUCGGUCACGAUCUUAAAUUGCAUCAACAUAUCAUAUUAAUUGAACCAGAUAUGAUCUUUGAUAUAUAAAAUCUCAAAAUUCUGUCGAGUUAGUGUGAAGGCCUCUAACAUGUUUCCUACUGUGAAGUUAUAAUAUACUAACUAGAUGAUUGUUGAUCUUGAACAAGAGCAUUCGCCGAGUAUGC